AGCGCGGGGCGUGGAGAGGGGGGCGGCAGACCCCAGCCCGCUCAGGUCGCCUCCUUCUCUCCCCCCGGCGGGGGCCGCGUCCUUCCAGAAUGGGGGCGCCUCUGGGGCCUCCGAGCGAACGCGCAGGAAGGGCCGCGUUUUGGGGGCUGGCAGCGCUCGCCGCGGGGUCUCGGUCCUCGUAGGUGCCGAAGGGGCCCGUGCGCGGCCGGGAGGACUGAGCGCCGGCUGCCACCGGCUGGGGGUCGCCGAGCUGUGCCUUCCCAGCGUUUGACAUUCUACCCAGAACAGCAGAAAAUGAACAAAUCCCAGAAAUGUGCUGGUCAGGGAUCCGUGUCAUUCAGGGAUGUGACUGUGGACUUUACCCGGGAUGAGUGGUUACAACUGACGGGCACACAGAGGACACUGUACCGGGACGUGAUGCUGGAGAACUACAGUCACCUGGUCUCAGUGGGGUGUCACCUCACCAAACCAGAGGUGAUCUCCAGGCUGGAGCAAGGAGAAGAGCUGUGGCCCUCAGAGGCAGAAUUCCCAGACCAGGGUGAUCAAGACAGAAACCAGGAAGACCAAGACAGACAUUUGUGGCAAGUUUCACUCAUCAGCAAAAAAUCACUAACUAAGAAGAGAGAGAAUGUUUUCAGAGAAACACCCUGUCAGGAUGACUCUCAUGGAAAACGUUUGAAAAAUGUUUCAGAAUCAAUUAUUAGUAAUAACAAUUAUUCAGGUAAGAACUCUGAUGAAAUUAAUGCAUGUGGGAAGUUACUCUCUGGUAAUAACCAAGGAAAUACUCAUACUGGAAAGACGUCUGGUGAACAGAACCUAGGUGGGAAAUCCCCAAGUCCUAUUGAGGGCUGUACUGAGCAACAGAAAAUUCAAACUUUGGGGCCACUUUUUGUAAAUAAUGAAUGUGGAGAGAUUUUUCUUAAUAAGGCAGCUGUCAUUACACCUACAAGGGCUCAAACAGAAGGGCAGUCCUGUGAUUCUAAGGAACAGGGGCGAAAUACCAGAGAUGAGUCAGCCCUCGAAGUCCUCCAGGAAACUCACACAAGGAAGAACCGCUGUGAGGUCAAUGAGUGCUGGAAGUCAACCCUCUUAAAACAUCAGAAAGUGAAUGUGGAAUGUAAUGACAACGAGACUAAUUUCAGCAAGAAGUCCCAUGACACUCAACCUCCCGAAACUCACACAGGAGAGAAAACCUUUGAAUGUAGUCACUGCCAGAAAUCUUUCGACCAGGAGGCCCACCUGACUCAGCAUCAGAAGACACACACAAGAGAGAAACCCUGUGGAAGUAAUACAUCUGGAAAAACCCUUCAGAAAUCACAGCUCAUAGACCCUCCGCAGUCUCAGGCAGGAGAGAAACUCUGUGACUACAGCGAAGCCCCCGUGCCGUCAGGCCUUACCCAUCAGCAGAGAACACGGUCAGAAGGGAAGCUUUAUGUGUGUAACGAGUGCAAGAAGUCUUUCCGUCAUAGCUCAGCCCUCAAAGUCCAUCAGAGAAUUCACACGGGAGAGAAGCCCUAUCAAUGCACCGAGUGUGGGAAAUCCUUCUAUGCCAAAUCAAACUUGAACCAUCAUCAGAGGACUCACACGGGGGAGAAGCCCUAUGAAUGUAAGGAGUGUGGGAAAUCCUUCUGUGUGAAAUCAAACUUAACUAAGCAUCAGAAAACACAUACAGGAGAGAAACCUUUCAAAUGUAAUGAAUGUGGGAAAACUUUCUUACAGAAGUCACAGUUUGCUGACCAUCAGAGAACACACACGGGGGAGAGACCCUAUGUAUGUAAUGAGUGCGGUAAGUCCUUCUACUAUAAGUCAGCCCUGCACGUACAUCAGGGGAAGCAUACAGAAGAGAAACCCUUUAAAUGCACCGACUGUGGGAAAUCCUUCUGCUAUAAAUCUGCCUUAAUUAUCCAUCAGGUGUCUCACACGGGGAAGAAACCCUAUGACUGUAAUGAAUGUGGGAAAACCUUCUGUGUGAAGUCAAACCUCACUAAACAUCAGAAAAUUCACACUGGUUUGAAACCUUAUGAAUGUAAUGAGUGUGGCAAAGCCUUCUCUAUGAAUUCGAUCCUAAUAGUACACCAGAGAACCCACACGGGGGAGAAACCCUAUGGAUGCAAUGAAUGUGAGAAGUCCUUUUAUAAAAAAUCAGCCCUCACUAAACACCAGAAAACACACACAGGGGAGAAACCACAUGAGUGUAACGAAUGUGGGAAGGCCUUCCAUAUGAAAUCCACCCUGAUCAUACACCAGAGAACUCACACUGGAGAGAAACCCUUUAAAUGUAACGAAUGUGAAAAGUCAUUCUACGUGAAGUCACUUCUUAACAUUCAUCAGAGAAAUCACACGGGAAAGAAACCCCACGUAUGUAGUGAGUGUGGGAAAGCCUUUUCUAUGAAGUCCAAUCUCACCGAUCAUCAGAAGACACAUUCAGAAGAGAAACCCUAUGAAUGUAACGAAUGUCAGAAGACCUUUCGCCAUAAGUCAACUUUAACGGUACACCAGCGAACUCACACAGGGGAGAAACCCUAUAAAUGUAAUGAAUGUGGGAAAUCUUUCUAUAUGAAGUCAGCCCUUAGUCAACACCAGAGAAUACACACAGGGGAAAAGCCUUAUGAAUGUAAAGAAUGUGGGAAAACCUUCUUCCAGAAGUCACACCUCACGAAACAUCAGCGCACACACACAGGGGAGAAACCCUAUGAAUGUAAGGAAUGUAAAAAAACCUUCUUCCAGAAGUCACACCUCAUUGAACACCAGAGAACCCACACUGGGGAGAAGCCCCAUGAAUGUAACAAGUGUGGGAAAUCUUUCUGUUAUAAGUCAGCCUUAACCAUACAUCAGAGAACUCACACGGAAGAGAAACCAUAUAAAUGCAAUGAAUGUGAGAAAUCUUUCUGUAUGAAAUCACACCUCACCGUACAUCAGAGAACUCACACAGGGAAGAACCCCUUUGAAUGUAAGGAAUGUGGGAAGACUUUUUAUGUGAAGUCAAACCUCAUUAAUCAUCAGAGGACUCAUACAGGGGAGAAGCCCUAUGAAUGUAAGCGAUGUGGGAAGUCCUUCUGUAUGAAGUCGACCCUCGCGGUUCAUCAGCGCACACACACAGGGGAGAAGCCCUAUGAAUGUAACGAAUGUGGGAAGUCAUUCUGCAAGAAGUCGACUCUCACGAAACAUCAGGUAAUUCACACAAGGGAGAUACCCUAAGGUGCAGCAAAUGUGGAAAACCCUCCUGUGUGAAGUCAAAUUUUGUCAACACCAAGAGCUCCCGUGGGAGAGA